CCCCCCCCUCCCCAAAUCCUACCCCCCAUACCAAGUGAAUCAUACCUACAUACAUGCAAGGUCCUCCGUGACCUGGUGACUAUGGCCUUACGGACUUCUGCCGAUAAUGCAGAAGACGUGGCCGCGGGCUUUCGUCUUUUCCGUGAGCCCCUGCCCGAAUAUUCCGCGGAUAUCACUAGUCUGAUCGCCGAUUUCUAUACCAUCAGCUCGUCCCUCAACCGUCUGGACGACCUGACCAAGAAUCGUCAACACCGGCACAGUGUCGCCCUCGCCCACGCCGAUCUGGACCUCGUGAGCUCCAGCCUGAAGUGCACCCUGGAAGACAUCGUCGACUUCUUCGGCGAUCUGGAAGAGCGCAAGGUUCCCAACCGCGACGUCUACAAGCGCACCUGGCUCCAGCUGUGCGCUUUCUUUCAAGCGGAAUCCCAGGACUCCCUCUCCACCCGACUAGCCAAGUAUAGGGCUUUUCUCAAUGAAUUGGAGGCUUACAUCAAAGGGAAAUACACCGACGCGCCUCUCAUGACCGGCCUCCGCAACGGCCUCAAGGCGCUCCGGAUUCAACAGAACAACCGCCUAGCAGCCGCGCACCUGAGCUCCAUUUCCACGAGCACGCGGUCCACCUCCAGCAUGAGCAACAGUGCCGAUCCAGGAAGUCCCGUCAGCGAUCGACGACCACGCAACCGCCGGUCCUACGAGCGGGCUCGUCCCCCGAAUGCGUCCCCAACGUCGCCGAUUUCGCUCUCCUCCGCCGCCUCGUCAGACUUUCCCCCGUCGGUCCCAGAAGCCCCGGGGUCCCCGGUCACCAGCUCCACUACCAGCCAUUCUGCCGAUUCCAAUAUCUUGAGCGAUCACUGGGCCAAGCGGGUUUUCUUGCAGGAGCACUCUAGAACCCGAAUCCCAUACGUGGGCGAGCGCUCAAAAUGUCUGGACGUACCCAUCCCGGGGGUCAAGCGCUGGCUGCAGGACCAGGGAUUUGAGGAGCUCUUCCAAUUGGCAUUCAACGGAGAUUCCGAUCUGCGAGUAUACAUGUACCUACGGGAAGACGACCACCGAACACGAAUAGUAUGCAAGGCCCCACGCAACUCACGGUCCAGCGACUACUUCUGCCUGCCGUUGAACAUGCUGGAGAUUGUGCGUGUCGGCUCCUGCCUGCAGCUGUGCCGACGGCGGCGGGGGGGCUCGGAACUGGUGCUGUGGGCGACUUUUAAAUUCAGCACUAUUGAGCAAAUGGUGUUGUUUUUCUGCACCUUCCUCGCACUCCGCUCGCAAGACUCCGGCCGUCCCGUUGAACGCAUCCGCGACUACGAGUUAGACGACGAGGUCGAGAUAUUCGGCGGACUGAUAAUCGACGACGACUACCUCCACGCGCUGCGCGUCUACCGCGACAACGAGUCGAACGCCAUACGACUACAGGCCUCCAUCCACAAGGGCGAGAUGAAGCGAUCACCGGUAUGGACGGCAUUUAUCACGGAGCAUGUCGCGACACGCGGCUGGGCGCGUCGCAUGGACGCUAAGAAGGUCGUGCUGCGCGAGAUGGAGAAGACGAUUUUCACGUUGUCGGAUUAUACGCCGCCGCGGACGAGGAGGGGGGAGCAUGUACUGAAGUUUGCGAAUGCGACUGACGCCCAAGAAUUCAUAGGAAUGAUCGAAGAUCUGGGAACAUUAUAAGGAAGGAUAGGAUAGGAUAGGAAAAGAAAUGACUGAUGGAUGUCUUAUGAACCUUAUGAAUGCCUUAUGAACGACUUAUGAACGCCUUAUGAAUAAUGACGAUGAUGAUGAUGAUGAUGAUGACAUGUACAUAAUGUUGAUACACCUAUGACCAACUACCUAACUGACUAA